GUACAGACAGUUGUGUAGGCCAACCGUAUGGUCUCCCUUAAUCGUUUUAAUAGAUGACAUCGAAUCCUUUACUGCUGAUUCGCUGUAUUGCUGAUUCCUUAGGAAAUGUUGUUGGAAUAAACAUUGGUCGUCUGGGAUUCUGCUGGCGGAUGCUGAAAAUCACAAGAGACCCUGAGCUGCCUGCCUCAUCCAUGAUGUCCAUGAUGAAACACAAUGCUGCACUGGGUUUCUGAGUCAAACCGCAGUGCCUUCUAGGAUUAAAUGAAUGAACCCAAAAUAUAUUUAGCAGUAAAAUAGACAGUCCAAGAGCGCGGACGGUCCACAGUAAGCCUGUGGCUCUACGUCUUCUCUCGACCUGAUAGGUUCCUGUGUUCUCGUGUAUUGUGGAUAACAAGAAACCUUCAAGACGGACGGGGUGGUGGAGCAUCGAGGGAGAAAUCGGGGCAAUAUGAGAGAGCGGGACUUUAUGCCCAACACGGAGAGGGGCAAACCUGCCACUUAUACGGGGGACAAAAAGGCUAAGAUGGCUGCGAAGACGAACAAAAAGUGGGUGAGACUAGCCACUGUCUUCGCAUAUGUAUUGUCUGUGUCCUUAGCAGCCAUCAUUCUAGCCAUUUACUACAGUUUGAUAUGGAAGCCAACGAGCGCAUCCUCUCCAGCGGGAAAGCCGGUGGUGCCCGAGGAGGUCACAGCCUCUGCCAACAUUUCAACAAACAGCUCCACAAGCAUCAACGUCUCAGACACGAACUCUACACAGACAGAGCUUUUAUCUGUCAAUGACACCAGGUUUAGCGCAAAACCUCAGACCAAGGCAUUUCAUUGGGAGGGCAGAAGCAAGAGCGCGGCCGUCAUCUCCGACGGUGUUGUAUCAGAAAGUGCUCACUCGCAACCGAAAGGGCUCUACGAGUCUGCCCAAAGCCACACAGCUGCACAAACUGCGGAAAGACCAAACACUAUGGGGAGAGACAGUCAGCCGUCUCAGCCUGCUGGGGACAAUCGGAGCCCGUUGCGCACUGGAGCCCAUAACACCAUGCAUGAUGAGAGAGGGGAGGAGGAUGCGGACCGACCAGCUACUGGCAGUGCAGAUCAAGCAGCUGCGGAAGCUGCUCCUGCUCCUUAAACCACAAAGGUUCCACUGCGCACCUCCGCCACGAGCCAACAGGUUUGCGCAAAGGAGACUGACCAGGCCUUUAAACGGGGAUCUAACCAGUGUUUGACAGCCUUAUGCCGCUGUCGGAUACAAUAGCGUACAGACAGGGGUCUUCGUGGAACAGAUAUCGAAGGACAGAGGAUGCUGCGAGAAUUGCACAGGCUUCAUGCACGUAUUUUAUUGAUAUGUUAUAUACCAAUAAUCUGAAUGAGUAUGACUGACAAUUAUAGACAAACUGCUUCAAAGGAAUAUUGUUUUUCCCUAAAACACUAUGCGUUUUCUGUUAGGCUACUUUAGGCUAUGCCUUAAUUGAUGUAGGCCUACGUCAUCGUUCCUUUGGACAUCUCCACCAAGGUCAUUUAUUUAUAUCCAUAUUAUGGACAAGGACAUGACAUACACCUGUAUUUAAAGCUAGACUCCUUAAUUGAAACAAUAACAAAGCGGGUAUCUCGCCUCUGUUUUGGUAAAACGCUAAGGGAUGGGCCUGUCAUAGACAGAGCUAUGGAUGGAAGGACUGGACAUUCAUUAUAUAAAAAUUAUAGUUUUAACCAUGUUUUGAUGCUAUACAGUGUUUGUUUAUAUUUACAUUGUUUACAAACAUUGGG